AAAAUUUUGGUGAAGAAUUCAAAGAAAGUUCCAGUAGAGAGUUUAACAAACAACCAAACAAAACUUUUAACAGAUACUCAAAUGAAACUUCCAAUGAAACUUCUAACAAAACCUUCCAAUAACAUCUUCAAUAAUAGCUCUAGAGAUGAUUCUAGUGAUGACUCUAAUGACGAUUCCAGUGACAACUCCAAUGACAACAACUUCAAAACUAUGAUUCUG